AUGGGGCACCCAACAAAGUCAGAUGAGAUGUCACUGCAUCCUCAAGUAGUUGUUACUCCGUUUGAUAAAUGGGGUAUGGACUUCAUUGGUCCUCCAUCUAAUGGAAAAUCCUACAUUUUAGUUUGUACCAACUACCUAACUAAAUGGGUUGAAGUCAAAGAAACGAAACAUGCCAGGGAUAAUAAAGUUGCAAAGUUUUUGUAUAAGGAUAUAUUUACCAGAUAUGGAGUACCUCGAGAAGUUGUAACUGAUCAAGGUGCACAAUUCACAUCUAGCCUGAUUGCUACUAUGAUAGAGGAGUAUACUAUUAGACAUAAAAAGUCUACAUCCUAUCAUCCUCAGGCCAAUGGUCAAGCUGAAGUGACUAACAGAGAAAUUGAGGUCAUCUUCACAAAAACAAUUGAACUGCAUAGGAAAGAUUGGGCAAAUCACCUCCCAGAAGUAGUCUGGGCCUACUGCACACCCUGGAAAACAACAACAAGGUUUACACCCUUUGACCUAGUUUAUGGUAAACAUGUUGUCAUUCCCAUUGAAUUUGAGCAUAAAACUCUGCAUACAACAGUACAAUUGGGUAUGCAAUUGUCAAAGGAACAAGAAAGAAUAUUGCAUCUUAAUCAAUUGGAUGAAUUGAGGAAAUCAACAUUGCAGAAUACACUUUUAGUCCAACAACAUCGCAUUAAGUGGCAUGAUAAAUACAUCAAACCUAAAAAUUUUCAUGUUGAGGACUGGGCUUUAUUGUACGAUUCAAGAUUCAAGGAUAAUCUGGGGAAGUUACAAACAAGGUGGCUAUGCCCUUAUGAAAUUGAACAAGUGUUUGAUAAUGGCACAAUCACGUUGGAAACUAUCGAUAAUGCAAGGUUUGAACUGCUUGUCAAUGGCCACGGACUUUGCCUAUAUCAUAAACCAUGCACUAAGGAAGAGUUUCUUCAAUAA